AUGUUCUUGUUAGUCUUUGCAAUCAUUCUUGGAGUUAGUCAAAGUUCCGACGACUGUUUUUAUGAUCCACACAAUAUAGGGAAAAAAUGCCAUAAUUCAGAUCAUACUGAGUAUGUAUGUUGCUUACCUGAUGAUCGUUGUCAAAAUGGGCAAUGUUAUUUACUUGAUGAAAUUUCAUCAUCGAAAUCACUUCCAUUGCACACUUCGAUUCUUAUUGGUAUUGGAGUUGCUGCUAUUUGUAUUGUUUGUUUGGCUGUUGGAGCUUUAUAUUGGCAUCGUCGACAAAUUAAAAGUACAGAAAAACGAUCGACUCUGUUAUCAUCUUUUUCUCAACCGACAUAUGUUUCAUCUUUAACGGGUAAUUCAGCUGGUGUACGUAUACAUUCAUCUAAAUCACAAUCAGCAUCAGUUAAACCAGGUGUUACUAUAGAACUAACUACAACUACUAAACCUUAA